AUGCUAGUACCGCCGGCUAAUUUUGGAAUCGCAGAAGAAGGGAUUUAUCGGUCUUCUAAGAUUGAAACACUCAACUUAUCGUUCCUGGAAACGCUCAAUCUCAGGACAGUGAUAUUUGUUGGUGGACAGGAACCCUCAAAAUUCUUCCGGGAGUUCUUCGAACGAUCGUACAUUCAAUGGUUCGUUGUGAGGACAGCAGAUGUUUCGUCAAGCUUGGCUCCUGUGAAUGUCAUGGAUACCAAGACUAAUACGGAGGACAACUCCCUCAACUCUCACUCAAAGGAUGAGGACAAUGGUUACGAAUUGAGCGACAAUGACGAUCUAAUGAUCAUCAAAAGCUACAGUUUGAAGAGAACCUUUGAGCUCUUACUCAGUACUUCCAAUCACAACACGAUCUUAGUUGACAAGACAUCUAUUGUGGUUGGGAUAUUGAGGAAAAUACAGAAAUGGAAUAUCGCAUCAAUUAUCAACGAAUACAGGCUAUUCGCCGCAAAGAACAGCAAUUACUUUGCGGAAACAUUUUUGGAAAUGAUCAAUGUGCGAAUUGUACAAGAAGAAGACGAUUCGUUAGGACUGAGCAACCUCGAAGGUCUGUUACUUAAUGAUGCUGACGAAUCAAAAGACGUGCGGGGAUUUAAUAAGUCGGAGAUCGUAUAUGAAUCUGACUUAGAACUUCCUCCAAAAAUACCGUUACAUUUGCUACGCAUCCUAGAAGACGUAAAAGCAGACAACAAGGAGGUGAAUUUACAGCCAGAUAUAGAUGUUUCGAUGAUAUCGAAGACGCACUCCGACCUAGGAAUUUUCGGGAAUCGCUACCGCUUGGCGUUCAAUAAAAAAGAGCGUGCCGAUUAUGAUUUUUACAGAGGUGGCAAGCACAAUGUUAUAACGUUUCAUAUUUCUAGAGAAGCACUAUUGCCUGAAUGGUUUAAGCGGCAACGUGAUGUAUGGGAAAAGGAAAACGCUCAGGAGCAGCACAACUUUUACAAGGAAAGCAUUUUUGGUUAA